AUGCCUGGAAUGUAUGGGAAUGGAUUCCGUACACGCAAUUUAUGGAUAUCCAAUUUCUUGGUGAAGGUGGCUUCUCAACUAUCGAAUCCGCUAUUUGGUUUGAAAGGCCACGAAACGUCAUUGAUCAUCAUAUUAAGUCGGCUAUUAGGAGUCCAAAUAAGAAAAUUAUUCUAUAAGUCGCAAAAUAAUAGUAAAGAGCUUGUGAGAGAACUCCAAAUAAUUCAUACUUACCAGAAUGUAGACAUAGUAGAAAUUCACGGCAUUUCUCAGCACUCGGAGACCGGCGAUAUGAUAUAUGGAUUCGAAACUAUUCAUAAUGGCAUCCUG